UGCAGGAAAUCCUGAAGGAGCGCCGAGAGGGAAGGAGUGGUGAGAGAAUGAAGAAGCCAACCGAGCAGGAGAAGCAUGAGGUGGCAGCGCAGCGCUCAGUUUAACGGGCUCUGGCUGAUGGUCCCAUGGGUGCCAUCAGUAUUGGUCCUGACUCUGGGGUGCUGGGGGCUGGCUGCAGCUGUUGCCACACCACACGAACAGCAUGCCCCCACAGCCUUCUCCAGCCAAGUGCCACUGGACUGGCUGCUCACUGACCGAGGACCGUUUCACCGAGCCCCAGAGUAUGUUGACUUCAUGGAGCGCUUUCGGCAGGGUUUCGCCACCAGGUACAGGAUCUACAGAGAAUUUGCUCGCUGGAAGGUGAAUAAUUUGGCAUUGGAAAGGAAAGAUUUCUUCAGCUUGCCUCUGCCCCUGGCUCCAGAGUUCAUCCGCAACAUUCGCCUCCUGGGGCGCCGGCCCAGCCUCCAGCAGAUCACCGAGAACCUGAUUAAGAAAUACGGGACCCAUUUCCUGCUCUCCGCCACACUCGGAGGGGAAGAGUCUCUGACCAUUUUUGUGGACAAGCGCAAGCUCAGUCGGAAAGCGGAAGCCGGCGGCCUGGCAGGAAGUGGUGGGAGCAAUGCCACGGUCUCCUUGGAAACGCUGCACCAGCUGGCAGCCUCGUACUUCAUUGACCGGGAGAGCACUCUGCGGCGCCUCCAUCACAUCCAGAUAGCAACAGCUGCCAUCAAGGUCACUGAAACCAGAACGGGGCCACUUGGCUGCAGUAACUAUGACAACCUGGAUUCUGUGAGCUCUGUUCUUGUCCAGAGCCCUGAGAACAAAGUUCAACUUCUCGGCCUGCAGGCCCUGCUGCCUGAGUACUUGCGUGAACGCUUUGUGGCUGCUGCCUUGAGCUACAUCACCUGCAAUUCAGAGGGGGAGCUGCUGUGCCGAGAGAAUGACUGCUGGUGUUACUGUGGGCUCGGUUUCCCACAAUGCAACUGCCCCGAGGCUGACAUCCAGGCUAUGGAACAGAGCCUUUUUCAGAUCCAGGGAGUUUGGGAGAACCACAACCAACAGUUUCAGGAAUCAGAGGAGCUACAGUCCCUGGUGAAGAAGUUCCCUGUGGACCACUUCCUGAACUUAACAGCCAUCUCCCAGUACUGGGCAAUGGACCUUGAUAUUCAGCACCGCUAUCAGAAGUUGGGCAGCACCUUGAAGAUGCUCUCCAAGAAGACCCAUCGGAUUGUCCGGCGUCUUUUCAAUCUGGCCAAACGCUGCCACAGGCAACCUCGCUUCAGGCUACCCAAGGAGAGGCCCUUGACGUACUGGUGGAGCCAUGCUCAGUCCCUCCUCUAUUGCAGUGAGACCUCUGUGCCAGGAAUGUUUGUGGAAGAAAGCCACAGCUGCAACUGCCCCCAUGACCAGCCCUCCUGCCAGGGGACUAUCCCAUGUGCCUUGGGCGAAGGACCAGGAUGUGCUGCCUGCGCAGAGGACAACGCCACCCAGUGUGGGUCCUGCAACCAUGGCUAUGUGCUCACCCUGGGACUGUGCCGCCCAGAGGUGGCAGAGUCCCUGGAGCACUAUAUAGGUUUGGAGACAGACUUGCAGGACUUGGAGCUCAAGUACCUUUUGCAGAAGCGGGACAGCCGCAUUGAAGUGCACUCCAUCUUCAUCAGCAAUGACAUGCGCCUGGGGACCUGGUUUGACCCCUCCUGGAGGAAGAGGAUGCUGGUAACCCUGAAGAGCAACAAGUACAAGCCAGGUUUGGUCCACCUCAUGCUGGCCCUCUCCCUCCAGAUCUGUCUCACCAAGAACAGCACCCUGGAGCCAGUCAUGGCCAUCUACGUCAACCCAUUUGGGGGCAGCCACUCGGAGAGCUGGUUCAUGCCCACCAAUGAAACUGGCUUUCCCGACUGGGAAAGGACUAACGUGGAUGCCUCUGGCCAGUGCCAAAACUGGACCCUCACUUUAGGCAACAAGUGGAAGACCUUCUUUGAGACAGUCCAUGUCUACCUGAGGAGUCGCAUCAAAUCUCUCAACGACAGCUCAAACGAAACCAUAUUUUAUGAGCCUUUGGAGAUGGAUUCUUCCAAGAACCUAGGCUACAUGAGGAUCAAUAGCUUGCAGGUUUUUGGCUACAGCCUGCCCUUUGAGUCUGACGCCAUUCGGGACCUUGUCCUCCAGCUGGAUUACCCGUAUACUCAAGGCUCUCAAGACUCCGCUAUAUUGCAACUGAUUGAGAUCAGGGACCGGGUCAACCGCCUCUCUCCACCCGGGAAAAUCCGCCUUGAUCUUUUCUCUUGCUUGCUCCGGCACAGGCUCAAGCUGGCCAACAACGAGGUAAGUCGCAUCCAGUCCACCCUGCAGGCCUUCAAUGCCAAAUUGCCAAACCCAGUGGAGUAUGAGACUGGUAAACUGUGCAGCUAGCCUUGGGAGUGGGGCAGGGCCGGUCCUUGUAGCUCCCGGAGGGGAGGACUGGGGAAUGAGAAGUCGAGACUUCCAAUGGCCUUACUUUCAUGCCAGCCGUGCUCUUCGGCGAGACAGCCAGCUGCCAGCCUGUAAGACUCCAGCGUUUGCAGACUCUGUGGCACCAAACCCGGCAACGAGAUGCGGCACAAAUCUCUGGCACGACAGCAGCUAAGAAGAGACCAAACGGCAGGGCUGCUGCUGCUGCAAACAUCUUGCUUCGGUUGCUGAGGAGUCUGCAUUGCACCCUCUCUUCUCUUGCAGGCUGCGUUUGUGGAGCAUGCAAGAAAAUGUACAGGCCCACGAAGAAACCAGGAGAUGGAGACAUAGAAGGGAGAGGGAGAGAGACAUGACCGAGGGCUAAACUUGUGGGAAUGGCACUAAAGACUUGGACUUUGUGAUCUGGUCAGUAGCCCUUAAACACACAGAGAGAGGAGCAGCAAAAGGAUUGAACGAGGAUUCUGUCGAGUGCUUCAAAAAACCACCCACUUAGGAGAACCGUUCUUUGGCCCUUGCCUCCCUUGGCGCAGUUUACUUUUGUAUUGUUUUUAUGGGUGUUUCUAACAAUGUCAUCGCCUUUACAUCCUCCGCAUUACUUUCUAAAGCUGCCACCCUAAGCACACUUUCUUGGACAUCGGUGGAAGUCAGUUCCUCGCAC